AUGAAAUAAGCAGAAGAACAAUACUAAAAUCUUUAUAAACUGUAACCAGAAACAGUGACAACUCCUGAAAUAUAAGGCUAUGAUUUUAAUCAAGGAGUUAAUUUUGAUGCUCUCUUAAAAUCUUAUGCUAACUUCGGAUUACAAGCAUCUUAAUUAAGCACUGCUAUUGAUUAAAUUAAUAAAAUGAUCCAUUGGCGAUUAGGUCCAAAUGAUGAUAAUGAUGAUCCAAAUACUAGAUGUACCAUUUUUUUAGGCUACACUAGUAAUAUGGUAUCUUCUGGCAAUAGAGAUUUAAUCAGAUACUUAGCUUAACAUAAAAUGAUUGAUGCAAUAGUGACUACAGCAGGAGCAAUAGAAGAAGAUUUAAUGAAAUGUAUCUCAACUUUUCAUAAAGGAGAUUGGUAAGCGAAUGAUAAAGAGAUAAGAUUAAAAGCAAUUUGUAGGAUAGGUAAUAUUUAUGUUCCUGCAGCAAAUUAUGGUAAACUUGAAGAUUGGCUAAUGCCAAUAUUUUAGGAGAUUUAUAAUGAAAUAAAAGUUAAGAUAAUGAAUAAAAAAAGAUUUAAGUAUAUUAAGAAUAAAAAGAGAAGGGAAGAAUAUGGUCACCGUAAUAAAUGAUAAAAAGAUUUGGAGAGAGAAUAAAUGAUGAAAGAUCAAUAUAUUAUUGGUGUGCUAAGAAUGAUAUUCCAGUAUAUUGUCCUGCAUUAACAGAUGGUGCUAUAGGAG